AUGUCCGGCAAAGGGGAACGGGCCAGUAAGAAGGCCAGAAGACUCAGUACAGACUCCGAAGGUUCGGAGGACCAGGGAGAAUACAAUUGGGCUGGGUCGAAAUCUAAAUCCGCUCCUGCUGCUGUUGACAAGAAAACCAAGUAUGUCUCGCCGAUUCCAUAA